UGAGCCGCCCGGAGUCCUUCGGGAGUGGGCGGCAUACAAGACAAAUAAAUACAAAUACAAUACAAUACAAUACCCCAUAUUUAGAUGGCGAUGUAUGUAAUUUAGCUUAUUCAAAACUUGGUGAGACAGUCAUGUUAUGUUUGAGAAAUUUUCUGUUAAGUGGAACAUUGGAAUCCUGUUCCACAAUUCUUCCCUUAAUAGCCCCAGUAGCCAUGAACCUGUUUUCAGUGGCUCUGUACUAGUUCAGGUACUUAAAUGUAAAUGGAUCAAUCUAAUAAAGAAAUCCGAAUUUUUUACAUUGUUGUUUUAAACGUAGUAUAAUAGUAAAAUAAUUUUUGAAGAUCAGUGCAUCAGACAGAUCUGCUUGAUGCCUUUGAGACUCACCCAUUUGCAAUUUUCCUCUAAAUGCACUUCAAAGUGUAGUGGUAUUUAUAGGCAUCAUACCCCCACUCAAGCUUAUUAUAUUCAUGCUGUCUGUGGUGGGUGGCCGCCUAUUUGUAAUGGGGAGGAAAGAAAAAUGUUAUACCACUUCUGUUGUCAUCUCUUAGCCACUUCUGCAAUCUGCUAUACAUUAGAGGCAUUCUUGUUAUCCUCUUACAGUAUUUUAGAAAUCACUGCAGAUAAAUGGUCACAAUGUAGAGAUUCUGUGGAAAAUGAAAGGGUUAUCCCCAAUGAGCAUGGUCAUGCUUUGUUUUCUCAUGAAACUGAGAAUUAAAGAAUAAAUUUAUAUGUUUUAAAUGUAGAGGAACUGUAGUUAAUUGUGACAGUUUAAUAUUUGCUCUGAUUUUAUUUGUGUAGAAAUAGAUGAGAUUUCUUAAUCCCAUUUAUACUACUGACAUAUUAGUUUAAAUAUUAAUGCCAGUACAUACAUUCCUCCAAAUAUUGAUAAAAUGUAACCAAACUGUAACAACUCUUAUUUAUAGUUCAGUCCUCUGUAUGUAUACAUUCUAUGGCUAAUGUUGCUUAUAGACACAAAACCAUACAUAAACCACAAAAUAGGAAAUAAGUCCUUUCAAAUUUAGAACAUUUUGCUGAUGGGUUGAAAUAAGUCCUUUCAAAUUUAGAAUAUUUUGCUGAUGAGUCUGUUUUUUUUCUGAGCUUAGUUGUUUUCUUGCAGAGGUCUCAUUAUCCAGACUAGUAACAUCAGUGCUUGCCUUAUCUGUGUUGGUGGGAGUGGUUUUGGAAGGUGUUUGGUUGAACCCUUCACUAUUACCUUGUUUGGCAGUUCCUUGAUUGGGGUAUUGAUUACUUCUUGAUUGUAAAUCUGGUGUUAAUCUUGGUGUUAAUCUAUGCUCUUCAGAGUACUGAUUGGUGAUGGGGAGGUAUUUUGAUCUUUUAUUCUUGUGAUUGAUUAAGAUUUAUUAUCAUAGUUUCAACAGGGAAACUAACCAUCCUAGGCCAAGCCAAAUUAAAAAAUGCUAGAUAAUUCUUAGAAGCCUGGCACUUUAACAAAUUGGCCAUCAAUAGACAUAAUCAAUAUCUACAUGUGUGCAAAAGCCAAAAAGGGAACAAAAACCCAGGCUCUCACUGUCAUUCAUCACUCUGAUGAGCAUAGAUUAACACCAAGAUUAACAUCAGACCAAGACCAUUCCCAUCACAGGGCAUGCCCCUAGAAUAUAAAUUGAGAGCAAACUCUAGUUCUUACUAUCACUGAUGGUGUUUAGUUUGGGUAAUGAAACGUCUGCAAGAAAACAAGCAAGAGGACACCAAUGACCCAUCAUUUCAAGCCUGAGCUACAAAUAUUCUCCUCUAUUGGAAUAUUUGCUGUUUGUCACAUCUUUUUGUUCACUUUUGACAGGUAGGAUAUUUAGACCUUAUGUAUUCUGAUUACAAUUUUUGCAGAUAAAAAUUCUUAUGGAAAGAGAAUUUCUUAAGUAUAGAUUUAUGUUUUUAGCUAGAUAAUUUUAGAUUAUUGAAGUUAUGCGUCCAAUUGAGUAAGCAUUAAAUUUUAUUUUUAAUUUUCACUACUGCACUGCUAAAUCAUAAUUCUUAAAAUAAAUGACUACUCCUAGUACGGUAGCGGGAAUGACCAUUAGUGUAACUUCUCUAGUGGGGAUGACUAAACAAAGUGUACAGGAUGUGCAAAUAGAGAAGUCUUGUGCUACUUUUGUAACAAAUUACAAUUCGAUAACCAUGUUCUUGAUUUUUUUAUAACUUGUUCUUGGUGGGAGAAAGUGACAAGGAUCCUCUUUUCCAUUUGUGCUAAAUAUACAAUGAAAGGAGAUUUCAUGGAUUCUUUAUCACCUGCUAAAAGGAACACUACAAAGAGACUGACUGAACUAGUCAUGGUCUGGAAUCUUUAUUUUACAUACUUGAUGUUUUAUCAAAUAUGUCAAUACAGACUGCAAUUUAGUUUUUGGGAUGCUUUAAGGAAAGCUACUUCCUUAAGGUAGAUGUUGUGAAGCUUGAUUUCUGGAUUUAAUUUCUGGAAGUAGUCCUCAUUUGACUGGACACCUGAUUGCUGCAAUGGAUCAAAACAACAGUUUACCACCCUAUGCUCAGGGCUUAGCAUCCCCACAGAGUGCAAUGACUCCAGGCAUCCCUAUUUUUAGUCCUAUGAUGCCCUAUGGCACUGGGCUCACACCUCAACCUGCUCAGAGUACCAACAGUUUAUCAAUCCUGGAAGAACAACAGAGGCAGCAGCAACAACAAGCAGCAGCACAGCAGUCCAGUUCACAACCAACACAAGCAGCAUCUGGUCAAACCCCACAGCUCUUCCACUCACAGACUCUUACAACUGCCCCUUUACCGGGAACCACACCUCUCUAUACCUCUCCCAUGACUCCCAUGACCCCCAUAACGCCUGCCACCCCUGCUUCCGAAAGCUCUGGGAUUGUACCACAGCUGCAGAAUAUUGUGUCUACAGUAAAUCUUGGUUGCAAACUCGACCUCAAAACCAUUGCCCUUCGUGCUCGAAAUGCUGAAUACAAUCCCAAGCGUUUUGCUGCUGUAAUUAUGAGAAUAAGAGAGCCCCGUACCACAGCUCUCAUAUUCAGCUCUGGAAAAAUGGUGUGCACAGGAGCUAAAAGUGAAGAACAGUCCAGGCUGGCUGCGAGAAAGUAUGCUAGAGUUGUACAGAAGUUGGGCUUUCCUGCAAAAUUCUUGGAUUUUAAAAUUCAAAAUAUGGUGGGCAGUUGUGAUGUAAAAUUCCCCAUCAGACUUGAGGGAUUAGUUCUUACGCAUCAACAGUUUAGCAGUUAUGAACCAGAAUUGUUUCCUGGUUUAAUCUACAGAAUGAUCAAACCAAGAAUUGUAUUGCUCAUAUUUGUUUCUGGAAAGGUAGUUUUAACAGGUGCAAAAGUCAGAGGUGAAAUUUAUGAAGCAUUUGAAAAUAUUUAUCCUAUUUUAAAAGGAUUCAGAAAAACGACGUAACAGUUCCAUGUGUUUAUUCAUGAAGCUGGAGCACAUUUUUAAAGGUAUUGAUUAUGGCACAGCAGUAACACACACAUCAGGACUUGGAAUCUUUUCCCAGAUAGUGCCUCUUUCCCUGUUUUUCACGGGAAGGGAACAUAUCAUUGUGUGUUUCGUCUGCACUAAGUUACUGUGCAUUGCUUCACCAUGUUCUCACACAAGAAAAACUGAGCUUAUUUAUAUUUCUGGCUCUUAAAAUGGCUAAUUUUUAAAAUCUGAGUGUCUUAUGCUGGCAAACUGGUUAAACUGUAUUAUCCAACAUUUAAAACUCUGGGGUUACUUACAGUAUUCUUUCAACCGUGGAUUUUAUAAUCAGAAACGUUAAUUUUAUGCUUUUAGACCUACUUCCACAUUCCCUACAUUUCCAGUGUUCAGCAGGACAGAAACUUUGCUAGCGAAGACAGAUGGCUGUAUAUAUUAUUUUGUGAAGCAAUUCUAAAUGUAUAAUUACUUGACUAAAUAAUUUGAAUAGUAAAAUUUGUGGUCAAUCUUUGCUUUUGCUGUUUUAAUGUGCUAACUGCAUGCAUAUAGCUAAAAUAACUUGAUUUUUAUAAGAUUUUUUAUUAACAAUCCAGUAUUAAAGUAAUGUUUUGCCAUUUCA